CAAAACUAGUUAAAAUGAACCGAAAUUCUGCGUCGUCAUAUACUGUAUAAUAAAACGCUUUUAAAAUGAGACAUGAUAUUACUAGUGUGUUGAAAAAUCCAUUGAUUGCGUAUUAUAAUAUAUUUGACUCUGAAAAGAUAGCAGAGUUUGCGGCUAUUGCCCCAGCCCCAUCUAAAGAUUUUUACCAUCUAUUAAUAACACCAACUAAAUUCAAAUUGAGAUGGUGGAAGAUUACAUCAAGAAAUGAUGGGGCAAAGUUUCAUCCAGGUGAAAGUGUGGCAACUUAUGAGGAAUUCGAACAAGACGAUCGGAUGCAUAAUGAAAUACUCAGGGUUAUGGGCCAUAAAACACUAGACUACUGUCUGAACAUAUGUGCUGGGAAGAUGGAUUAUUUAGUCAGAAUACCAAACAAAAUUCUAGUGAAGAUAAUUUUUUAUCUAAAUCUGGAGGAUGUGAUUAAUUUAGGGACGACAUCAAGACACUUUAAUGAGAUUUGUAAUAGCGAUUCAUUAUGGCGUGAGAUCUAUGUUAACACAACAUUAAGUCAGCCAAGUAGACCUGUUGAAGAGUUAGCAAAACUAUUCGGAUGGAAAAAGCUUCUAUUCACAAGCAAAUUACACCUUCAGAUGCAGUUACGUCGUUUAACCUUGGAAGAAAGUGACGACAAUGAAAAUAUACGAACAAAUGUUUCCCAUGAUCCUGGAUUGUAUUUAGAUGAAUUGAAAUAUGAUGGGCAUAAACCUGCGCAAGAGAAUAUUCACUGA